UGUGCCAAUACAAAAGUAGUCUUUGAUUGCAUGUUGAAGAUGAAAGACGAUUCACAAGCAGCAAUAAAUUAUACUUGAUAUAUGUAGAUAUGUAUACAUAAGCAAAAGGGAUUAAAACGAGUUUGUUUGCCAAUAUGGAUGGCCAUAACGUGGAAUCAAAUGAUGAUAGUUUUCUUAAAUCUCGUAAGUCUAAAGACAAGCCUCCUCUAUGGGACACUUUCCAAGACCCGCCAUCAAGGAGAGCAACAGGAUCGGCAGCGAGUUGGGCGAAGUUGGGCUGCUUUUUGAAAAUCUUUAAAUUUUUGACAUACAUCUUUGUAUUUAUUGUCGUUUUGGCAACAGCUACUACAUCGAAAAUAUCGUUCCUCUUAAUGGUGUCCCGCCUUCGUAAAAAUGCAGUUGUAAAGAGAUGCAAUGCUUUGGCCGUUUUCCGGCUAGAUUUAGCCGGUUGCGAUAGUAAACAGCCGUAGAAAAUUCGGUUUAGCCGGCAACCGAUUUGUGAGCC